UGGUUAUUAGAUAAAGAAUGUGCUAUUAGCGUACACUAUUCUCGGACCCUUGUAUUGAAAAUUGCAGACAUCGGCCGCGCCGCUAGUAAACACUCUUGUAAAAUUAACACCUUGUCCUCGAAAAAAAUCAAAAUCCCGAGUACACAAGGCCUCCGAGUCGAUGAGAAAGGUUCGUUGAAGUUUGUUCAGCGACUAUUUAGCAGGUGUAGAGGGAGUGAUCCUCUGGCGUUAAAGGAAAUUUCUAAAAGUUGUGGGCGACAGUCCCCGGUGGCGCGCCCGGCUAACAUGAACCACACGCCUGCCCCGGACAGGCCGCAGCAGGACUCCAAUGUAAAUCAGGUUGAGGAGAUGGAGACACAAGAAGUGGAGACUGUAGAAACAGCUACUGAGAAGAUCUGGGAUGAAGAGUUUGUUAAGGAUUCUAAUGGUGAAGUAGUGAUGGGGGAAGUGAUUAAGAACCCAGAGACUGCAGCUGCAGAGUUUCCGCUGGCUGGGCUUGAUGCCGAAAUGGAGGAUGACGAGGCAAGAUCGGAGGCGACAUUCCGUUUUACAGUACAAAACUUGAGGAGCCUUAAGGACUCUGUUCUGUCACCACCAUGCUACGUCCGCAACCUGCCAUGGAAGAUCAUGGUGAUGCCCCGGCAAGCGCCGUCCCCUGACCGUCAACAGCAGAAGUCAUUGGGUUUCUUCCUCCAAUGUAAUGGAGAGAGUGAGUCGUCGAGUUGGUCCUGCUAUGCUAUGGCCGAACUGAGACUUAUCUCUUCGAAACCGGAUACCGAACCGUUUUACAGAAAAAUUCAACAUCUGUUUUACAGUAAGGAGAACGAUUGGGGAUUCUCUCACUUCAUGUCGUGGAAUGAUGUAUUAGAUCCAGAGAAGGGAUACAUUAAGGAUGACUCCAUUACCCUUGAGGUGCAUGUCACUGCCGAAGCCCCUCAUGGGGUGUCCUGGGAUUCUAAGAAGCAUACUGGAUAUGUUGGUUUGAAGAAUCAAGGCGCAACAUGUUAUAUGAACUCUUUGCUCCAAACCCUAUAUUUCACAAAUCAGUUACGUAAGGCUGUGUAUAAAAUGCCAACUGAAUCUGACGAUAGUACAAGAUCUGUUGCUUUGGCAUUACAAAGAGUGUUUUACGAGUUACAAUUUUCGGAUAAACCCGUAGGAACAAAGAAGUUGACUAAGAGCUUUGGCUGGGAGACACUUGAUUCUUUCAUGCAGCAUGAUGUGCAGGAGUUUUUGAGGGUUCUCCUAGAUAAGCUGGAGAGUAAGAUGAAAGGCACCUGUGUGGAAGGGACGGUACCUCGUCUGUUUGAGGGUAAAAUGACUUCAUAUAUCAAGUGUAAGAAUGUCAAUGUAUCGAGCACUCGCGUGGAGACUUUCUACGAUAUACAAUUGAAUAUCAAGGGAAAGAAGAAUAUUGAUGAGUCAUUCAAUGACUACAUCAGUACGGAGACAUUGGAUGGCGAGAACAAAUACGACGCUGGUGAACAUGGCCUGCAAGAGGCGGAGAAGGGUGUGAUAUUUGCCUCAUUCCCACCGGUACUGCAUUUACACCUCAUGAGGUUCCAGUACGAUCCCAUUACUGAUAGCUCCGUCAAGUUUAAUGACAGGUUCGAGUUCUACGAGCAUAUAAACCUGGACGCAUACCUACAGGAGAAGCCGGAGACCCCGGCGGAUUACACGCUGCACGCGGUCCUCGUACACUCCGGUGACAACCACGGCGGACACUAUGUCGUUUUCAUCAACCCCAAGGGUGACGGCAAGUGGUGCAAGUUCGACGACGACGUGGUGUCGCGCUGCACGAAGCAGGAGGCCAUCGAGUACAACUAUGGCGGUCAUGACGAGGACAUGACGCUCACCGUGCGACACUGCACCAACGCCUACAUGUUGGUCUAUAUACGGGAUUCACAAUUGAAGACUGUGUUGCAAGAAGUUACUCAAGCUGACAUACCCACGGAACUCAGUGAGAGGUUGGCUGAAGAGAAGAGAAUUGAAACCAUACGUCGCAAAGAGCGCAAUGAGGCCCACCUGUACAUGAACGUGAACGUGGUCCUGGAGGAGGCCUUCGACGGUUACCAAGGCAACGAUCUGUACGACCCUGAGCGCGCGCACUGCCGCGUGUUCCGCGUGCGCAAGCAGGCAACCGUCGCAGAGCUCAUGGACAUGCUCGCUGAGAGCUUCCGAUACCCCCUCAAGCAUAUACGUCCCUGGCCAUUCAGUGCACGUUCCAAUCAGACAUGCAGACCGACUUGCUUGGACAUCGUGAAUGAUCAGAUGAAGACAGUAUCCGACGUGUCUGAGAAUAUGAACCCGUGGAAUAUAUUCCUGGAGAUGCUUCCUCCUGACUCGGGCUUCAGUUCGCUGCCGCCCUUCGACAAGGAGAACGACGUGGUCCUGUUCUUCAAGUACUAUGACCCGAAGCAGAAGCGCAUCCACUACUGCGGACAUCACUACCUCUCGAUUGCCAGCAAGCCAGCUGAUCUCAUACCAAUACUCAAUAAGCGUGCAGGUUUCCCGCCUGACACCCCUCUCGUCCUUUACGAAGAGAUCAAACCCGACUUUGUAGAGAAGCUGAACAACUACAAUGACCCUCUUGAAAAGGUAUUGGACGAACUGAUGGACGGCGACAUCAUCGUGUUCGAGCGCGCCGACCACCGGCACGACGAGCUCGAGCUGCCCACCUGCCAGGACUACUUCAAGUACAUCUUCUACAAGGUCGAGGUGCAGUUCAUCGACAAGACGAUGCCCAAUGAUCCCGGGUUCACCAUGGAGCUGUCAAUGCAGAUGCGCUAUGAUCAGAUGGCGCGCGCCGUCGGCCACCGCCUCAAUGUCGACCCUUACUUAAUACAGUUCUUCAAGUGCCAGAAUUGUGUCUCCUGUUGCAGCUACAAAGAUACCCCGGGACCUCCGCUGAGGUACUCGUACGACGGAAUACUGAAAGACUUGCUUGUCUAUUGUAAACCAAAGUGCCCUAAGAAAUUGUUUUAUCAGAUUUUAUCUAUCAAAGUCAACGAACUGGAUAAUAAGAAGCAGUUUAAAUGUUUAUGGGUUGGGCCGAAUUACAAAGAAGAUAAAGAGUUAAUUUUAUAUCCCAACAAGGGUGGUAAAGUGGCGGACAUCUUAGAGGAGGCCGCCAAAGUUGUGGAAAUGUCACCAGAUGGCUCUGGCAGACUGCGGAUCGUGGAGGUGUCGUGUCACAAAGUGCUGCCGGGGCCCGACCCCGAGCUGACUCUGGACCAGGUGACCAUCUCGCCGCCCAGACUCUACAGAAUAGAGGAGAUACCCAAGGACGAGUUGCAUCUACAGGAGGACGAGGUGUUGGUGCCGUGUGCGCACUUUUACAAGCAGGUGUACGCGACUUUUGGUGUGCCAUUCUACACACGCGUUAAGCAUCUCGAGCCCUUCCAGGCUGUAAAGGAUCGCCUCCAGAAGAAGCUCGACAUACCCGACAAGGAAUGGGAAAAGUACAAUUUUGCCAUAGUGACAAAUGGCAGACCUAUUUACAUAAGCGAAGGAGUGACAAUCAACGUAUUCGACUUUAGGCCGAGCAGUAAUGCAAACAUGUCUCUACCAGACGCGACUGGGCGGCCUUGGCUGGGGUUAGAGCACAUCAACAAGACGCCUAAACGUUCCCGCGCCAAUUAUCUGGAGAAGGCGAUCAAGAUAUACAACUGAGUGAUGAACGCCUCGCCCCGCGACACACGCGAGUGACACGCGAGGCACACGCGAGGCACACGCGACACACACGCGACACACACGCGACACAUGCGAGUGACACGCACGGGGCAUCCAGCGAUUGGCGAUAGUCAACAGCUGUCGGUAGCAUUAUAUAGCCUUAUUAACACGUAAUGUACAACGCCGAGUCGACUCCUUUCGCUACUGUCCUCAUACAAUGUUUAUACGCAAUAGUUUGUCAAUGUUCAUUUCGUCUAGUUUUUAUUAUUUAUUUCACAAUCUUAACAGUCGCUUUGUGUUUGCGUUGCAAUAAUCGUAUUUCUGUAAAUUGUUGUUCUUUUUUUUUUCGACCCGAGUAUUUAAAUCUUGUUUUUU